AUGAAGAUGAAGAGACCCAGAGAAGGAGAUUGUCUUGCUUACAUAAAGGCUGUUCAGAAAACACCCAAAUACAACGAAUUCCUUCAAGUAAUGAAAGAAUUCAAGUCCUUGCCGACUUACGACACCACCAAUUUGGAGUUCGUAGCAACAAGGAUCAAAAAAAUCUUCAGAGAUCAUUCAAACCUUAUUCUGGGGUUUAACAUAUUAUUCUUGCCAAUUGCAGAAGAAGAAGAUGGUGCGGACCAGAAUCGGGUAUUAUUGAAAUCUACAAAAAGGUUUCUUCAAGCAGCAGAAUCCAAAAAGGCGUUGCCUUUACAUGAAGAAGAUGAUUAUUAUCUUAAAGACUACAAAUUCUUUGAGGAAAUCAGCAAGGAGAAGUCUAGAAAUCCUGAUGAGUACAAGAAAUAUGUGAAGUGUCUUUAUCUUUACAGUAUAGAAAGAAUUUCAAGAGCUGAAUUGCAAAAAAUCGUCAGAGAUUUGCUGAAAUAUGGUACCCCUUUUUUUCCGAGUACUAAAGUGCAUCAAGAGCCCCAAAAGGAUGAAAGGGAGACAGAUUGUGAGGCUCCAGCAUCAAAAAGGAGGAAACUUGAGGAACCCAUGAUUGACCGUCUCUUAAAUUGUAAAAUUGAUAAUCCAAGUUAUCAGCUUUCGACGGAGACAACUUUAGCUAGCGGAAGGACGGAACUUGGUGUUGCAGUGUUGAAUGAUACUUUGGUGUCCGUAGAGAGUACUCCAGCAGGUGAUGCAUACCAUUUCGAGAAAAAUGUUUAUGAAAAGAACCUGUUUAAAUGCGAAGAUGACAGAUGCGAACGCGAUAGGCAAUUUGAGCUGGUAAAGGGUACUGUUGAGCGUGUCGAGGAUUUGUUACAGAAGAUUGCGGAUAACACAAUCAACCAGGAAAGUAUACGUCUCGAGGAUCACUUUAAAGUGCUACAUCUAGGAUGCAUUAAACGCUUGUACAAUGAAUCCUGGCAGGAUGUGAUAGAUGCAUUACGGAAGGAUGCAAAAUCUGUAUUGCCUGGGAUUUUAACUCAAUUGCAGAAAAAACUAAAGGAGGCAACGAGUCGUCUCUCAGUAACUUGCAGAAAGAAAAUGAAGGCAGUUUAUUUGAAGAACUUCAGAAAAUCUCUGCAUUAUAGCAACUCCAGUGGCGAGCAGCAGGACACAACGAGUUCGAGUUCUGAAGACGACGCACGCGCCUACUUCUUGUCCAAAUCUUUUAGCUGA